AUGUACAUAGCUAAGGAGGAAGCUAAAACGAGGGGGGAGGCAGCCUCAAGUGUGGCGGCAAGUGUGCCGUGGGCCCAAGUUGGCCUAAUUGUAUCUAUGCUUGAGCAAUACGAGUACAAGGAGAGUAUGGUGAUUACCAUACUGAGAAAUUUCAGGGCACAAGGGAAGCAGACGAACAGAUUCAAACCUUAUGAGCAAAGGCGAGGAAGCGGAUUUAGGGGAAGAGGGGGCAUAGGAAGAGGUGGCAUAGGAAGAGGUGGCGGCGUUGAUGGAGACAGGAGGAGGGAACAAGACGACAAAGAACAAGAACAAGUGGUGGCCAAAGAAACCCCCGGCGAAAAGGAUAAAGAAGCAGGGGAGAAAACACCAAUUGAGGAGGGAGAACUUGUAGAUGGGAAGGAGAUUGAUAUGGAUUUCAGCAUCAGGUUGACCAUGUUGAUCCCAUCUUCGGGCAGGGGUGGGUCCAGCAUCGAAUUCUGUAGAAUGAUGCGGGGCGUCGCUGCCCGAGUCCCAUGGAUUGACACACAAGAAGAUCCGGAAACUGUGGUCAACAUUCUGAGGCUACACCGAAAAGGUAGAAGCGGCCCAAGACCCGGGCGAGGAAGGAACAACAUGCGUUACAGAGGCAGGAGGGGCUCAGGCAAUCGGGGGUCGAGGGGACCACCUAGGAGACCCAGACGAUCACCAUCCAUCCCACCAACACCCCCACCACAACUACCUUCACUCCCACCAACACCCCCACCUCAACAACCACCACCAUCCCCACCUCAACAACAACCACCACCACACCCACCUCAACAACAACCACCACCACCCCCAACUCAACAACAACUACUUCAACAAACUUCCGCACUAGGCCUAUUACAACGACACCCGGUACUACCACAACACUCCUACCCUGGCAUAUUCCCUCCUCCCAAUUAUUUUAACCACCAAACCUCACUCCAAUACCUCAUUUCGCCUCCUACAAUUUCCCCAUUCUACCAUCCACAUUUUUUAAGUUUUCAACAUUCAAGUUUCCCGUCACCCAAUACAACCAAGAUCAACCCUCAACAAAUCCCUCAACAAAUCCCACAACAAAUCCCUCAACAAAUCCCUCAACAACUCCCACUACGCCACUACAUCAUUCUCCAGCAUCAGAACUUCACCCAUCGAGCCCCUGACGUGAUGCCUCGCCAGGGACAUCCCCCUCAACCCGCUCAACAUAAUGAGCCUGUCCCACCAGGAGUGUAG